AUGUCUGACGAGUUGGACCCGAAGUCAGUGGCUCCUCCUUCACAACUCGGUUCUCACACGGACCUCUUUGCGGAACCGAGUGCCCGCCGCCUCGGCGGCCCUCCACCGCGACCCGCGAGGACCUCCUCCACACCGCCUUACGCGCCCUCCGAGGGCUCCGACACCUCCGUGAAAUCCCUCCUCGCCUCUCUCCUCCUGCCCCCCUCUGAGCCCCCGACGAGCGGGGCCGGGACCGGCAAGGAGGCCGUGGACCUGCUCCUCUUCUGCGCCGCCGCCCGCGCGGCCUCCGCAGAGGCCCCCGCGCUGCACUGGGUCCCGGAGGGGCUCUCCAAGCCGGCCGCCGCAGCCAUGGAGGAGAUGGCGGCGACGGGCGGGUGGACCGGCAUCGGGGAGAUGUUGGUGGCCAUGAUGCCGGAGACGGUGCCGCCACUGAAGGCCGUGCUGAAGGACACGGGCGUGGACGCCAAUGAUGACAUGAUGAUGAUUGGCGCCGUGAAGCCGCCCAAGGAGCACGCCUUUGUCGCCGCGCACCAGUUCCGCUGGCUGUUGUCUCAGGUUAAUUACCCGAAUCUCGGGGAUUUGUGUUGGUUAGUCAUUCCAUGUGCUUUGACGGCAUUGGAUCAUUGGUCGCCGGAUGUUAAGAAAUUCUCAGAAGGUUGA